AAUAACUUCUGUUUUUUUCUUAGAUGGCUGAGGGCGACAAGAAGAAGAAGGCCCAUAAGCAUGGCAGCCGUAACCCCGUCCUGGCCCGGGGUAUCGGCCGCUAUUCCCGGUCUUCCAUGUAUGCCCGCCGGGCCAUGUACAAGAGGAAGACUAAAGCUCCUGUGACAAAGAUUGAAAAGAAAGUAAAGGAGAGGGCUCCCACAACGGUCACCAAAACUGUUGGUGGAGACAAAAAUGGAGGCACCCGUGUGGUCAAACUGCGCAAAAUGCCCCGUUACUACCCCACAGAGGAUGUGCCCCGUAAGCUGCAUAGCUAUGGCAAAAAGACCUUCUCUCAGCACCGCAGGAAACUGCGCAAGUCCAUCAAACCCGGAACGGUCCUGAUCAUGCUGACCGGACGCCACCGCGGAAAGCGUGUGAUCUUCCUCAAGCAGCUGGCCACCGGUCUUCUCCUUGUCACCGGUCCUCUUGUUGUGAACAGAGUGCCUCUGCGUAGAGCUCACCAGAAGUUCUGCAUCGCCACAACCACCAAACUGGACAUCUCUAGCGUGAAGAUCCCCAAAACGCUGACCGAUGCUUACUUCAAGAAGAAGAAGCUGAGGAGACCCAAGCACCAGGAGGGAGAGAUCUUCGACACAGAGAAAGAGAAGUACCAGUUGACGGAGCAGCGCAAGGCCGACCAGAAAGAAGUGGAUUCUCAGCUGCUUCCUCUGAUCAAGCAGGUUCCUCAGCUGAAGAAAUACCUGCGCAGCAAAUUCUCCCUGUCUAAUGGAGUCUACCCACACAAACUGGUUUUCUAAAAUGCAAAUAAAAUGUGUCGACCCAGA